GUAAUCUCGAGCCAAAGAAGUUGUGAGAGGGCAAAUUAUUGGAAGGAAAGCGUCUAUUUAUAAAUGGGAUCUAUUCUAAAUAGUUUUUGGAAUGCAAUUCAAUUAACAACAAACCAACAUCAGGAUGUGAAUGUGGACAACGAAGGAGAAAAACUAAAUGAUUUCCAUUUAGGAUCAUCUGUAGAUGGAGAAGAGUUUCUAAAUUUCGAUACAGAGUGUGGUAAAAAGUUUCCUGAUAUUGACUCUGGGGGUAAUGAUCAUACACUUCCAGCCCAAAGAUAUGACACUAUGAUUGACAGCUCUCAAACAAAAACAAUCCUGCAGAAUGUCUGCGAAACAGACACUGAACACAAAGAGGAAAAUGAAACUGAUGCGGUGGAAGCACCCAUGUGUGAGGAUGAGAACAGAUUGGAUGGCCCUAUGUUUGAUCCACCUCUCUACAUACAGAGAUACAGUUUUGUGGCAGAUAAACUCAACUCUCUAAAUGUACAAAGUGUUGUAGAUUUUGGCUGCGCUGAAUGUCAACUCUCCAGAUUUUUAUCUGACAUUGCCUCUGUCCAGAAGAUUGCUUUGGUAGAUAUGGACAAGCCAUUGUUACAAGCAUAUAAAUACAACAUAAAACCAGCCAUAUACCAAUUUUUGGACAAACGUAAACAUCCACUCACCAUACAGAUCUUCCAUGGAGAUGCUACAGUACUGGACCCGAGGAUUCUGGGAUACGAUGCUGUCAGCAUGGUCGAGUUUAUUGAACAUUUAUAUCCAGAUGACCUUCAGAAAGUGUGUCAUAUGGUCUUCCAUGAACUCCAACCCCGGAUUAUCAUUGUGACAACACCAAACUAUGAGUUUAACCAGUUGUUCCCUGACAAUGGUCAGAAAUUCAGACAUUAUGACCACAAAUUUGAGUGGACAAGAACAGAGUUUCAGAGUUGGGGUAACUUACAAGCCGGUCUCCAUGGCUACAAAGUCCAGUACACAGGCAUAGGCAAUUCUCCUCCAGAGAACAAUCACCUUGGUUACUGUUCACAAGCCGCCAUUUUUGAGAAGGUUGAGGUCAAGGAAAGAGUUCAACAAAAUGGAAACUGUUCCCAGAGUUAUACAUUGAUUGCAGAAGCAGUUUACCCAUACAAAAAUGAAGAAGACGCUCUGUCACCUAAGGAAGCUUUAUCCAUGGAGGCAAAAUAUGACAUUAGAGAACUCCUCAAGGGAGACAACUACUCAGAGCUCGAACCAGACAAAGUUGUCAUACUUCUCACUGAGCUGAUGAGAUACAAAAAACUGGCCAAGAUGUGCGAAAACAACAAUGCUGUUCUCAGGGACCAUUUCAUAGACAAUGAUUUUGUCCUGACUGAGGAUCACUCAGGAAUCAUUGUGUGUCCAACAGACUAUUUUGAAACAGAAAGAUUUCAUUGUGACGACUACGACGAGGAUGAUGACUGUGAUUUUGAUGGAUUGGUGUCAUCAGAAAGUGGUGUCGUUAUAGAAAGUGUGUCUCCCGAGGAAUCCUGGGAUUGAUCUUUAUCGGUGCCAAAUUGAAAAUGUAUUACAAACAUGUAUAAAUCCAAAUCAUUGCGAUAUUCUUUAUAUUUUUACUUUUAAUCAAGACAAAGGUUGCGUAUGCAAUACAAGAACAGAAUAUUGUGAUUCCUGGUACUAGAACAGUUUUAAAGAUCAGACCUGGAAUUCACCACACCAGAACUGAUGUCCCAGAAGGCUUUUCCUGCCUUUCUAUUCUUAUUCAUUGGUAGAUCCUUUUCUUUGAAAUCUAAAUGUAUUUCAUUUAGAUAACAUAAACAAUGUUCUGUUUUGAAAAGUAAUGUGUUAAAAUUGUUAUUUCUGAUACUUUUGUAAUGUUCAUUUCUGAUUAAAAUGACCAAGUAAAUUAAUACUAGAACACACA